AUGCGCUCCGUCCUCACACUUCUGAUCAUAUGUGUCCAGAUAUUAUUGCUGUUGUGUAGCCUACUUCAGGUGCUAGCUGUAGAUAAUGUUGAUUUCGGGGAGCAUGUAGAGAAUCAAACAGGGGCCCGGGACAGUCUAAGCAGGAAAUAUCACCGGGUGUAUCAGCUCUACAGCAGGACCAGUGGCAAACACGUUCAAAUCCUUGGUAGAAAAAUCAUAGCUACAGGAGAAGAUGGUGACAAAUUCGCCCAGCUCAUGGUGGAGGCUGACAACUUCGGGAGCCAGGUACGAAUCCGGGGAAAGGAGACCAACUACUACCUGUGCAUGAACCGCCGGGGAAAACUUGUGGGAAGGAAAGCCAGCAGUGUGAAUGCAGAGUGUGUCUUCAUCGAGAUGGUCCUGGAGAAUAACUACACUGCCUGGAUGUCAGCCCGCUACCUAGACUGGUACAUUGGCUUCACCAAAAAGGGACGACCUCGCAGAGGUCAACAAACGCUGCCUAACCAGAAAGAUGUGCACUUCAUGAAACGCUUUCCUCCUGGAGAGCAGCCAAACCUACAGCACUGCGGCUUUACCACCAUAAGCAAGAGAAGCAGAAGGACUCAGAAGAGCACCGCCAAUCCUGAUCCACGCUGA